GUGGGAGUGACGCUGCAGGAGACUGUCAGGAUAGCGGCAAGUUGGAGCAAGAUCACUAAUCCUAUGCACGUCAAUAUUGGCCCUGAUGUCUCAGCAAGGAAGGACGGUCCUUCUCUCGGCCUAGCGUUAGCGGCACUGUUCUGGGCGCAGCGACGAGAGCGAACGGUUCCUCACGGGAUUGGUUUCACGGGGGCGAUAACGCUGAGUGGAGGAGUAGAGCGCGUUGGUGGUAUCCGAGAGAAGGUGGUGGCUGCGAGUUUGGGAGGGCUAAAAGUGGCGGUGUUACCCAAAGCGAACGAGGCGGAGUGGAAGGCGAUAGAAGAUGGAUUAAAGGAUGGGUUGGAAGUUGUUUUCGUAGAGGACCUGACGGAGCUCGAAGGCUUGCUAGAUGAGCUUGCCGAAUUGAGAAGGGAAAGUUUCAUGUAUGAAGUGUGA